AUGGCGACCAAGGUGGUGGACCUCCGCUCCGACACGGUGACCAAGCCCUCGGAGGCCAUGCGCGCCGCCAUGGCCGCGGCGGACGUGGAGGACGACAUCCUGGGCUCGGACCCGACCGCGCGCCGCUUCGAGGCGGAGAUGGCCCGGAUCAUGGGCAAGGAGGCCGCGCUGUUCGUGCCGUCGGGCACCAUGGCCAACCUCAUAUCCGUCCUCGCGCACUGCGACACGAGGGGCAGCGAGGCCAUCCUCGGCGACAACUCACACAUCCACGUCUACGAGCACGGCGGCAUCUCCACCCUCGGCGGCGUCCACCCCAGGAUCGUCGCCAACAACGCCGACGGCACCAUGGACAUCGACAAGAUCGUUGCCGCCAUCAGGAGUCCGGAUGGGUCACUGUACUAUCCCACCACCAGGCUCAUCUGCUUGGAGAACACACAGGGAAAUUGCGGCGGGAAGUGUCUUUCUGUAGAAUACACCGAUAAGGUUGGUGAAGUUGCUAAAACCCACGGCUUGAAGCUUCAUAUCGACGGAGCUCGUAUUUUCAAUGCCUCCGCAGCGCUUGGGGUUCCUGUUGAUAGACUUGUGAGAGCUGCUGAUUCGGUUUCGGUAGGCCUAGCGAAAGGGAUAGGUGCUCCUGUUGGAUCAGUUAUUGUUGGUUCCAAGGCCUUCAUACACAAGGCUACAAUUCUUAGGAAGACACUAGGUGGUGGGAUAAGGCAGGUAGGAAUUCUUUGUGCUGCUGCCGAAGUUGCAGUCCGCGACACCGUCGGCAAGCUUGCGGACGAUCAUAGGAAGGCUAAAGUCUUAGCAGACGGGCUGAAGAAAAUCGAACACUUUACAGUUGAUUUAGCUUCAGUGGAGACCAAUUUGGUGUUCUUUGAUAUGGCGGAUGCACGCAUAUCACCUGCCAAACUGUGUCAAGUCCUGGAACAGCGCAAUGUGCUUGCAACGCCAAUAGGCUCCAAGAGCGUCAGACUUGCGGUACACUACCAAAUUUCAGAUGGUGACGUCCAGUAUACUUUGACAUGCAUCGAGGAAGCCGUGAAGGAAAUACUGACUGGCGAUGCGAAAUUGGAGCAUCUGACGAACAGCGCUGCCACGAAUUCAGAAGGGCGCUAG